AUGGACUUCGCCGCCCUAAUGUCUAAGGAGAUUUCCAAGGCCAAAGGCCCUGAAACUCCCAAGUCAUCUGGUGCCGACAGAUCCAAAGUUGCAAACACCGAGCCCCCAAAGAAAUAUAUGCGUCGAAGCGAAGUCGAGGCCGCGCGCGUGACGGCUUACAAUGAGGAGCAGGAACGAUUACAGAAGGAACGUGAGGAGCGCAUGGCCAACAAGCGCAAGCUCGAAGAGGAAGAGGCCGAUAGACGACAUGAGCGAGAAGAAAAAAAACGAAAACUAGCCGAAGAAUCGCGAAAAAGACGGGAGGAGGAGGAGGAAACGAAGGAGCGCGAACGGCGGCGAAGACUGGGCCUUCCCGAUUUGCCUGCCAAGGAGGACAGCGAUAAUAAGGCUGGUGGUAUGGAGGGAGAAGACAUCGAAGAGACGGAACUUCUUGAAAAGUUACGAGCACUUGGCGAGCCAGUCAAGUUGUUUGGUGAGAACCAUCGCACUCGACUUCGGCGGUACCAUCGCCUCAUGAAGCGAGCCGCCAUCAGGGAGAAGAUGUCAGAUGGACCCAUUCCUACGCUGCUGGAACCUGUUACAGGCAGCGAAAUGAUCAUCCCGGCCAAGAUUCCCAAGGAGCAAGAGGGACGUUUGUUCCUCUUCCGGCAGCUCGCAUCAUAUUUCAAUAUGAUGCUCUCGGAGUGGGAGCUUGCGCUCGCCAAGCGUGAUGUGUCCGUCCGACAGAGCUUUCAAGGGAAACAAGCGCACAAUGCGAUGGUGCAAUCCCGAGAAAACAUGAAACCGCUGUUCCGCCGCUUUGAGAAGGGUGACCUCGAGGAUGGGCUCUUGGAGCCCAUCGUUGAGAUUGUGCACAAGGCACAGCAGCGACGAUAUGUGGAUGCCAACGAUGCAUACCUGCGAGUGAGCAUUGGUAAAGCUGCCUGGCCCAUCGGUGUGACCAUGGUGGGUAUUCACGAACGAUCAGCCCGUGAGAAACUCCAUCAGAGCGAUCAGCAGGCUCACAUCUUGAGUGAUGAAGCGACUCGAAAAUAUCUACAGAGCAUUAAGCGCUGUCUAAGCUUUGCACAGGUCCGCUGGCCGCCGCAGGACCAAUUGCAAAUCAUGGGUUGA